CAUUAAUGUGCUGAGGGGCAGCUUACCGCAACAUAAGAAAAGCCGUAUCACACACGCCACGACGUCACUUGGCGGGCGGAUAUUAGUCUGUCCUCAUCUUAGACUCUCUGCUCAUCUCAAUCAGUGUGCAUGCUUGGUCUUCCUGGUUCUGAUAGCGCCGCGCACGCAGAGCCAGCCAUGCAAGCGACUCGGACACCCACUAUCAGUGUGUUUACCGAAUGCAGCAUCCCAGCAGGGCUGCGAAUAGGACCAGUCCUGGGCAUCUUCAAACUGGGAAAGUAUGUUUCGGACCGCAAGGAUGCUGGAGUCAAAAAGAAGAUUCGUCUGUUAAGAGGGGAGUUCGUAGACGAGUCUGGCAGUCCAGUUCCUGAUUGGAUCGGGUUAAUACGCGCAGCCAGAAACAGUCAAGAACAAAACCUCGAGGCAGUCUCCGAUUUACCUGGAGGACAGAUUUUCUAUCGAGUGCCGAGAGAAAUUCAGCCUGGGGAAGAAUUGUGUGUUUGGUACUCCAGCGCACUGGCACAAUGGUUUGACAUUCCUACGACCGCAACUCCGACGCAUGACGAAAAAGGUGAGGAGCGCUACAUUUGCUGGUAUUGCUGGAGAAUAUUUAAAUACCCUAACACCCUGAAAGCUCACGUGCAUUUCCACUGUGCAUUAAGCAACGGCAAAAGCUUUAUGAGCAACGAGCAAGCGAGAGGCACAGACAACUUCAACAGGUCUCCAAAAUCUGGGGAUAUCCCUAAUACUUCGUCUUCUCCAAGGAAUGGCCACAGCACCUUGAUGUCAGAUUCUGCAAAACGGACAGUGUCAACCUCACCCUUCGCUCACAAAGCGGGACUACCGAAAAAAAGGUCAGAGGAGCAGGACAGAGCCCUUGACAUGAGUGUGACCUCGGCCCGGAACCCAGGACACAUCGUGGGUCUCGGUGGGACAUCCUCUGUACUUAACAGUAUGGGCUUUCAUCCCGGGGUUCGUUCUGCUUUUAAACCAAUGGGACUUUCAAAGAUCUCCUCGGCUGAAGUGGCAAGAGAUGAGCCUCAUGGGAAAUCAAACAGCAUCGGUUUCAGUAAACUGUUAGGAAGCAUCAAGUCAGUGCGUUCCCUAAAUGAACCUUUACCCAAUGUGCAUCCCUCAAAGUGCGCGCAUCCUAUUGAGACCACACCGCCUGUGAUUCCUUGCACAAACACUAUCCGUGGGUUUCCUUUGCUGCCACAUUAUGAGGAGACCUCUGCUUUCAAACAUGUAGACAGUCGCAUGCACUCUGCGCUGUCCCCUUCAAGAUACUCGCAACUACCGAGCUCGUUUCAUUUUGAGAGGUUCCCUUUGCCACAGUUUGAUGGGGGGAAAUCAUACAAUGGUGACUGCAACAUACCCCUCAUGCCAUUCACUGUUUACAAUGGAGAGCUCCUUUAUAGCUCGCCAUACUAUCCUCUAAAAUUUCACUUUGGCAACCUGCUUAAAUAUCCAGAGACCGUUUCCUAUUUUGGUGCACCUGCUCUUAAUCCAGAUCUCAAUUCAAUAACGAACAUCGACAGAGAAAUAGCAAUGCACACGCAACAGUUGUCAGAAAUUUCCGUAGAGAAAAACCGUUCAAGGUUGGAGUCCAUUCCCGCAUCUAACCCAAGCUCAGGCAAACCUAAAAAGGGACAUUUGUGUCUUUACUGUGGCAAACUAUACUCUCGAAAAUACGGACUGAAAAUUCACAUGAGGACUCAUACAGGUUACAAACCUCUCAAAUGUAAAGUCUGUUUUAGGCCCUUUGGUGAUCCCAGCAAUCUCAACAAACACAUCCGACUGCACGCGGAAGGAAACACUCCAUACAGGUGCGAGUUCUGCGGGAAGGUGCUGGUGCGCAGGCGCGAUUUGGAGAGGCACGUCAAAUCAAGGCAUCCAGGUCAAUCUAUAAAAAAAUCCGAUGACAAGAUGGAAGAUGUCUUUGAAGAUGGUGAACAAAAAAGCGACAAUGACAGCGACGUCGACGUUUGUUUUACAGAUGAUCAGAGCGACCAGGAAUCGAGUAAAAACAACGAUUAAUGGACUAAUUAAAUUUAAAUAGAUUUAGCUCUUAUACGUAGAUAAUUUAUGCAUGUACAUAAUGAUUGUGAAAUUAGUUAAAAUUGUUUAAUUUAUAAUUUUAUUAAAAGAAGAAGAAGCAAGAAAAGAAGCAGAAAAGCAACAAAUGGUAAAUUAAAUUCCAUUAAAUUAAAUAUGAAUUCUGAUAAGGAGACACUUAUACAUUUAUUUCCAUAAUGUAAUCGUUUAUUGGAUUUCAGCACCCCCAUUGUGAAGCUGCACUUUAUAAAGACAGGUAAUGGCAUUAAAUACGGUAUAUACAACUCUGCUUCAUUUAUUUAUACGUUGUCUGACUAUUCCUAUAAAACAAAUUCUCACUUUUUAUUGCCAAAAGCAUUAAACUCAUUUUGUAAAAAUGUGCAAAAAAAGCGGGCACCUAUCAUCAAUAAAUAUGGUGUUUCAAAAAU